AUGGAUAACUAUCCAAAAUGGUUUUGGAUUCUUGAUUCGUCUAUUUUGAUUGUACUAUUUUUAUUUACAAUUGUAACUUUUAUACUUUAUUUCAUAGAAAUUCAGAUUGUAUUUUCUUACCGAAAAACUACUUUCAAAGGACCAUUCUAUCGUUUGUUGUUCGUUGGAAUUAUAGUCGAUAUUAUUUCAGUAAUCAAUAUGUUUAUGGGUCAAGUAGUCCCUGCUCAGAGAUGGUUUGAACCUUUCUUGAUUAGAAAUCAAAAUUGGCUCGGUUCAGUAUUCCUCGUAAUAACCUACGGUGGACGGUGUAUCCAAGGAGCCACAGCGGCCAUUUUAUCAUUUUGUAGAGUUUGUGCAGUUUGCUUUCCAAUAUUUUAUCGAAAAUUGGGAGAGCCAUGUUAUUUGUUCAUAAUGCAAGCAAUUCAAUUGGGUGGAGGAGUUCUUGCAUGGGUGUUACUGGGACCAGAUCUCUAUGAGUAUAUUUUGGAGGAUGACGGAUUAUUCGCAGUAGGAUCUGAAGUAUCGGAAUCACUUUGGUUUUUUGAUUUUGCAGCGGUAAUGGAAGUUGUUUUAGUUAUUGCAAUAAUUGUGAACAAUGUGAUAACAUAUGUAAUGUUUCGAAUGAAAUUCAAAAAGAAAGUUGUGUUCAAUAAAAACGCUAUAACUCCAAGACAAAUGCAAUCAAGCCAAGAAAAACAAAAACGAGAAAGUGGACUUGAUAAGAUGACUUUCAUAGUUUGCUUCCUCGAACUUGUCUAUUUUGCAUUUGUAGUCUAUUCUCUUCAAAUUAAUCAAACGAUGAACAAACGAACAUUUUACUUUUACUAUAAUAUCCUUUGCGUCAUCUACUCUACAGUUUCUGCAUGGACGCUUCUGAUUUUUUCAAAGCCUAUCAAUUUGCAAGUUCGUGAGAAGUUCUCAAAGCUGAGUUCAAAAAAGGUGACUCGUUCAAUUUCUAUAUCAGCUCAAGGUGUCUCUCUUUCAACUCGUGAUAAUAACAGAUGGUGA